CAUCUUUUCCAGGAAGAAAAAAAACCCACCGGAGACUCAAAGCCGUUGGGACCGUGAAUGAACGUCUUCUCUCGGCUCCAAAGAAGCCCCCUCUCUCUCGCUCCUCUCUCUCGCUCUCCGGACCGAGCGGCCGCCAUCAUGCUCAUCAAGGAGUUUCGAAUUGUCCUGCCCGUUUCAGUGGACGAGUACAAAGUGGGUCAGCUGUACGCGGUAGCGGAGGCCAGUAAAUCUGAGACGGGUGGAGGCGAAGGUGUGGAGGUGGUGUCCAAUGAGCCCUACGAGAAGGACGGAGAGAAGGGACAGUACACCCACAAGAUCUACCACCUGAAGAGUAAAGUGCCAAAUAUCCUCGCUAAGAUCGCUCCGAAAGAUUCUCUCCUGGUGAAAGAGGAGGCCUGGAAUGCUUAUCCCUACUGUAAAACUGUCAUUACAAAUCUUUACAUGGAUGAGAAGUUCACUCUGACCAUCGAGACCUGGCACAAGCCCGACAUGGGGGAGCAGGAAAACGUCCACGGGCUGGAGAAGAGCCUCUUGGACAAAAGGACGGUGGUCGACAUCGAUAUCGCUGACAGGAGCGCCAUAAGUGCAAAGGAAUACAACCCAGAUCUUGAUCCGGCCACCUUUAAGUCACAGAAGACCGGCAGAGGGCCUCUGGGACCCAACUGGAAGAAAGAACUCGCCGCCAACCCCGACUGUCCGCACAUGUGCGCCUACAAGCUCGUCUCCGUCGAGUUCAAGUGGCUUGGAAUCCAGGGCACCGUGGAGAGCGCGAUUCAGAAGGUGGAGAAGCGUCUGUUCACCCACUUCCACAGGCAGCUGUUCUGCUGGAUGGACAAGUGGAUCGACCUGUCGAUGGACGACAUCCGACGCAUGGAGAAGGAGACGAAGGACGAGCUGGAUCAGAUGAGGGUGAAUGAGGGGCGUAAAGGUUUGGGAACCAUCGAUGAAGACAAAUAACCGGCUCACAAACCGAUCAGCUUUCCGAUAACGAGAGGAUUCGACUUCACUGGACCUGGAAAGGGCUUUAAUCAAGAAUACCACACCUUGCAUCCGAAUAAAAUCUGCUCUUAAUAAGAGCUCAUUAUUGUAAAGCAAUUGUGUGUAUUUAUCUACUACAUUCGAAUACAACUACAGCAGCUUUUAGGUUGUUUUGUUAUUUUACGUUUUUAAGUCGGAGGAUGGAGUUCUAAAAUAUUAGAUAAAAAAAGGUGUGGGUUGUCACUGAGGAAACAUUUAAAUUACUGUUAUCCUUAUUUAUUAUUUUUUUAAUUGCAGUUAUUUUGGUUGUGUUUUUUUUUUCUCCUUUUCUAGCAUCAGUGCUUUUUGGAAAAAGCAUCAAAAAAAAUAAAGAAGAAAGAAAGUCAGCAUUUCUUUCUCUCCUCGACCCUCCUGUGCUGUAAAUGUUCUCAAGCAAUUCAUUAAUAACUGAAGGCAAUAAAAAUAGAGCUUAUGAUUUAUGUAAAAACUAUUACAUAUGAGGUGUUUACUUCAGAGACGUGCAAUCUUAUUUUGCAUAAUAAAAUGGUGAUUUAUAUGUUCUGUGAGAAGCUGAUUCUGUUUAUAAUUUUUUUUGGCCUUAAUCUUUUGUAAAUCUUGUCCUGUGUUGACUGAAAUAACCUGGAUUUUAAUGUUAUGAGUUAUACGACUGUACUGUAUAUUUAAGACGACUGUACUUCUAGUUUACAUUAGUGAGCGAACCACCCCACUCCAUCCAACAGACGGGGGGGGGGGGGGGGUAAAUAUCACAUUUAUUGUUUGCUGUAGUCACAAAUUAUCCCUUAUUAUCAAAAGAAAUGAACGUCCGAAAAUGUGGCGUCUUCCUGUCGUGAAAUUUUUUUCUGGUUGGAAUUUAUUUUUUAUUUUUAUUGACAAAUUGUAAUGUACGAAAAAAUCAGGUAAAGAAAAAGAAUAUAUAGCAGCACGUGGGGGAAUAUAUGUAGGUAGAAUAAAACACAUUCACACAUGUAAUAAACAUUUAAAAAAUGAUUAAAUGUAUAUAACGUUG